AGACAACCUGUUCAACCUGCCAACGUGACUUCCUGUCUGGAGCCUAUUUUUGCGCGAACUGUGGUCAGAAGCGGGGCUACUCCAAACCAGUGUCCACGUUGCAAUCCAGGAUGCCAGCCACGUCCACACCAACCAUCCGCCGAGCGCAGGACAACUUCAGCACCCAGCGAAGCCCCUUUGAGGCGCCAGAGGGUGCUUGCGCGCCUCCGGAGGAGGAGCCGGAAGGGCUUGGCCGUCGUGUCUCAGAGGUGGAUUCCAACUUUACAGCCGUGGCCGUCGAGCUGCACAAUGCCAAAUAUGCCAGCAUGCCUACACAGGCUAUGCACGCAGCGCCUCCGCUGCCAUCGCCGGCGCCUGCCUGGAAGGUUUGCACCAACAGCGCGAAAGGCGCGGCAACCGUGGCUUUAGACCUUUCAGGCAACGGAAUGCCCGAUGUCUAUGUCAAGGGAGCGGACCUUGACAACGACGGCAUUCCUGAUAUCCUCCAGCAGACAGGAGAAAAACCAGUUCUUGUGGCUGAGAAACCAGAAGGCCAGCAGUUGCAGAUCGCCCAGGCGGCGCAGCCGACAGGCAUGGAGCAGGCGCAAGAGGCACCAGUGCUCAAGGCGGCAAGUGCUGCGCCGGCCACGGCUCAGAGCGAGGAGGACGAAUGGUACUACGAGGAAGGAGAGGAGGAAGAGGACUUUGAGGACGAUCCCGAGGUUGAGAUCGCUCCAAAGGAGCAGACUGCCAAGGGCCAGGCGAAGAACCAGGGCAAGCAACCCAAUGGCAAACGCUGAGCGCGUGGCUUGCGGCGCAAGCGCGAUGCGUGUGUUUCUCGAAUUGUGCGGCGCAGUUGGCAGGUUUGGUGCAGCGUGCGCGGCCACAGACUGUCACGCCCAACUUGUGCCCUCUCAACCUAGGACUCCAUGGGUGAAUCGUUCUUGCUGCGCGGAGAUGCCUACACACUGCGCCAAACCACACUUCGCAGCCUGCAAGGGACCUCGGCACCAUUUUGCAUUUCAAGCAUUCGCCGUGGAAUCUGUACUCUCUGAGUUGACGGUUUAAACGGGGCUUCGCCUAGAGAGGUAGGGGUCU